AGGGCAUUGGUCUGUGUGUCAGGUCUGGUGCCUCAUUUUUGUUCUGGGGCAGAGGGAACUGUUGUCAUAGUUAGGAGAGUGUCCCCACGGCUCCCCAAGGUGGUGGAGAUGAACUGGAGAAAGAGAGGCUUCUGACUCGGGGUUAGGUAGGCCGGCAUCAGCCUCUGAGUGCAAAGAUGCUGUGGAAGCACUCAGAAGGGGCUCACUGCUGGGUAGAGUCCAGUAAGCCCCCAUACACAGGGCAGUCUCCAAUACCUGCCGCAGUUAGGCUGGGGAGGGACCGUGGGAGCCUCCUCAAGGUUGGUUGGGGGCGGCAGACUGAGUGUGUGACCAUGGCAGGCCCUGCUGGUCACCCUGUUGUCCCCUGGGCCUGCUAAGGCCUGCUGGUCAACAACCCAGCCUUUCAGAGUUUCUCCUUCAGGCUGGGUCAGGGGGUGGGCCCAAGGCUCACUCAGGCCCUGGUCUGGGGUUUCCCUGGAAGCUCCUGGUAACAAACAGCCCCUCCCCUUCUGAGUGCUGGUAUCCAUGGCAACACUCUAGAGCCUUUCUUUCCCUAGGCCUGCUUGGAUUUCAGGCCUCAGGUGAGUGUUGGGGGUAAGGCCCUGGGUCUGGGUCACAGGGCCUUUGCCUGGGUCACAGGCAAAGGACCAGUCCCUCUGUGGACCCUUGCUUUAGGUUGAGGGACAGGACCUCAGGUCCUAGAAGGCAAGGGUGACGGGGAUGACAACAGGAAAUGCGCACUCAGGUGACAUGUUGCUUGUGGGGGGUGACCUGCUGCCUUGUCCUGGUCAGAAACACACAGAUGUGGGCACACAUGUGACCAGCAGUCUAGUGUCCUGUGGGGUGCAUGCACACACACGCGUGUACACACACACAGACCUCUUUGGUGUGGUACUGUCUAGGGCUGUCAGGCAUAGGCACACGCUCGGCCACGUAAGGAGAGCCCCACCGGGGCAUCCACACAUAGGACACAAGAAUGACAGCCACACUGUCCCUUUCAGCUCCCCUAGGAACAUCGAGAAUGGUCCCUGAGUCUUGCCAAGAGGCUGAAGGAGCCGAGAAAGAGGCUUCCUUAUCCCUGGUGGACCAAGAGCCAGUCAAUGGCCACCUGGAGCCUCCAGCUGGCACACCCCAAGAACCAGUGGCUCCCACAUGCCCACAGGACACCAAGCCCAGCUCUCCACGGGUGGUCUUCUCUGUUAACCUGCAGUUGGCCCCUGAGUCCCUGGACCCUCGAACCCUGCAGCUGCUGUGGGGUCAGCGGAGACUAGAGAUCCAGGCCCUGCGGUGGGCCAUCCAGAACCACCGGGAUGCCCGGCAUUGCCACGUCCUGCACGAGGUGGCUGGACUUCCACCCGAGAGGAGCGCACGCAAUCGGGAAAAGUUCCUGCAGAACCAGGUCCAAAAGCUGACUCUGGAGUUGAAAGAACAGAAGGAACAGGCCCAGCUGGAGAAGUCCCAGCUGGAGGAACGUCUGCUGCAGACCGUGACCACAACGCAGCAGCUGGAGGCUGAGCUGCAGGCCUUCCAGAAAUCCUGCCUCCUGCAGCUGGCCCGCUCCUCCUGGGUGGGUCGCAUAUUACGAUCUUCCACCGGCAGUGUGGAGGUGGUAACUGCAGAAACCCUCAUGGACUUCAGUGACCUCUCUGAGAGUGAACAGGGUCCCUCCACUGGGGAGGGUUUCCGGCUGGAGGAUGUGGACUGGAACAGCAUUGCCCAGCGGUAUCCCAACCUCUUCAUCAACAUCGAGUCCAGCUCAGACCAAAAGCACCCGCGACCCCUGCCACCCCCACAGUCCCCACUGUUGGGCGAGUGGGGCUCGGAGCUGCACAGACAGCACAUGGAACAGCAUCUCAAGAGUGUCGAGUGGGGUUCCCUGCCGUUCGUGGGCACUAGCAGCUCGGGGGGCGCGGACUCUGACUCCAGCAGUGGCCAGCUGGCUGAGCAUUACCGCAUGCAGAAGGUGACAGGACACCCACCCGGCACGCCAGGCCACAAUUCUUCUGAGCUGACAGAGGCACGCUCGAGGAGCCUCAGCAGGGCAACGCAGACACAGCCUGAAGGUGGAGUGGAGCGGGCCUCCCCAGUUACCCCCCCCGCAAGGCUGGGAUCUCUGCCCAAAGCCCUAAACACCAUGUCCCCCAACAGCUCGGUCUUCACAACUGCCCAGAGCAAGGCCGCUCCAGUCCCAUCCCUAGGGGUUAGGGUGGUCUUGGAUGGCCCGUACUUGGAGUUACACCUCUGCUUCCCUCAGCCUCCAGGGUCCAGCCCUCCUGCUCUGGAUCUGACCCCGGGAGCUGUUCCUCUCCCAAGUGCACCCUCAGGGUGCUGCAGGUCGGUCGGGCCUCCCAUGAGAUGUCCACAGUGGAUGCUCCAUAUGGAAGUACCCCUUCCAACAGGUCUCCUUUCUCUGGAUCUCCAGAAAGCCCACCAGGACCAGCCUGGCAAGACUGUCCUGAUGAAGGAGUCCUGUGCAGAUCCAGAGCACCCACAUUCCGAGCGCCAUUGGAGCCCAACGGGUUCCUGCCUGAAGAUCGUGGCUGUUAACGGCAGGGAGAGGUUUGUGCGCGUCCUCAACCAGUCGCUGGAGGAGACUGCGGACCUGGGUGGCCUGAUGCUGCAGCAGCACCUGCACGACUUCCCUGUGUGCAUGUAUCGCUUCCCGCUGGGCACGCUGCUGGCGCCGCGGCACCACGUCACGGUUUGGGGCGAGGGGCCCCGCAGCACCAAGAAGCAGCUGCCCUCUUCCUUGGGCCAGGAGCCCGUGCACUUCUGCUCCAGCCGGGGAUGUGUGACUCUCCUCCUGAACCCCAAGGGCGAGGUCCUGAGCAAGCAUCAGGCCCCCCACUGCGUGUCCCCCACCUCGAGGAUCUUCGCCGACAACACCGAUUUGUCCAUAGACCGCUUCUUGCUCUCAGAGGCUGGGCAUGGGGCUGACACCUGCGAGCAGAAGCCUGGGCCUCAACACUUCCACGCGGGCAGGGUGCGGGAAGCCCGGGCCAGACGUCGGAGGCCCGGGACACGGGUCCUCUUCCCCCGGCUGAGCACCAGCAAGAUCUUCCGCCCACGGGAGGUACCAGCGCCGUCGGAGGCCGCCGAGACCCUUGCGCCGGAGCUCCUGCCCGCCAUCCCCGAGGCUGGGCUGUGCCUCGAGGACUGCCAGGCUAGGAAGGAGCACAGGGUCCGGGUAUGCCGGAAGAGGGUGGACCGGAGCUGCCCGAUGGUGGCGCUGUCGGUGCAGAGCACGGCUGAGAGCAGAUACGGCUUCCGCUUCCUCCCCUGCCCGCCGGUCACCGACUGGAAAGCUCGGUUGUAG